ACUCCACAGGAGAUGGAGGACACCGAGCCAUGGUAUUGCCAUCGAGCGUACGCGAGAUACUGGAGGCACUAUGACUUGGCCAUGCGCUGGAUGCGUAGACACCAGCAGGCCUACAGGAAAGCCAUGGAGGCCUUUUAUCACCCACCGUGGUAUCCUGCAGCCUCUCCCAGCAGCCGCUACUCGGAUUGGGAUGGGGAUGAUCUCCCACAUACACAGAACUGUUCUUCCAGCUAUAGCCCACGUGGCAGAGCUCCCUACACAGACGCCCACCAAGAGGGGGAGCAUGCUGACAGAGAUUCUGAAAUGGAGGAGGAUGACUCCGAGUCUGAAGGGGAGAUAGAAUGUGACUUGAGUAACAUGGAGAUCACAGAGGAGCUUCGCCAGUUUUUUGCAGAGACAGAGAGGCACCGGGAAGAACGGCGGAGGCAGCAGCAGCUGGAAGCUGAGCAGCAGUAUGUGGAGGCUGAUCAAGACCUUCACAAAAGGAUGGAGCGUUCUGUGGAGCCGCCUGCAGAAAGACCUGGGGAGAGGCGAAUGGCAGAAAUGAAGCAGCUGUAUGGUGCUGAAGCUGACAAAAUCCAGGCAAUGGAGGCUGCUAUGCAGCUUGUCUUUGAUAAAAACUGUGACAAAAAGCAGCCCAAAUACUGGCCCAUUAUUCCCCUUAAGCUGUGA